AAAUCUCCAAUUUUGAAGAAGAUGCCCGACUAUUCCAAGGCUCUCUCCAUAGUUGAACAAGCAGAGGAUGAACCGAAAGAAGAAGGCUCGGGGGGUUCAAUUGAAAGAGAUGCAGUUCUCUCGAGGCUUGCUACUGAAAAGAAGUUGUCUUUGAUAAAGGCUUGGGAGGAUAAUGAGAAGACGAAAACAGAGAAUAAGGCACUGAAGAAGCUAUCAGCCAUUGCUGCAUGGGAGAACUCUAGGAAGGCUGCUGUGGAGGCUGAGCUCAAAAGGAAAGAGGAAGAUUUGGGAAAGCAAAAGGCAGAAUUCACGGAGAAAGUGAAGAACAAAAUCGUGUUGCUUCACAAGACAGCAGAAGAGAAGAGGGCAAUCGUAGCAGCUAGGCAUGGAGAAGAGAUGUUAAGGGCAGAGGAGCUCGCGACCAAUCACCGUGCCACAGGGCUAGUGCCAAACAAGUUUCUUGGUUGCUUUGGCACUUAA